AUGUCUGAGAUCUCCUUCUACGACGUCACUAUCCCCAUCUUCACCAAACGCGUCCAACAGCUCAAGCACUGCUUGCAAAAAGGCGAACAAUGGUGCAACGAAAACAAAAUCGCAACUUCCGCCCUCGUCAAAUCCCGCAUCAUCGAAGACAUGCAGCCCUUGCCCUUCCAAGUGCAGACCGUCUACCGCAUGGUCAUCUACUUGUUCAGCCGAAUGGACAUCCCCGGAGCGCCAGCACCCACCGACAUCCCCGUCGUCGACACCUACAACGGCAUGUUCCAGCAGAUCGACGAGAUCCAGAAGCUGUUGAGCGGUGUCAGUCAGGAGCAGUUGGAGGGCAAGGCAUCGAAGGAGGUCUCGUUCGGUCCACCUGGACGGGAUCCUUGGGAGUUUACGGGCUUGUCGUUUGUGCAGGAGUUUAUUAUGGUUAAUGUCUACUUCCAUACCACGACGGCGUACGACAUCUUGCGGAAGGAGGGCGUUCCGCUUGGCAAGUUGGACUUUCUUGGGAAGGUUGGCUUGUGA